CCUCCCGUCCUGCAGCGCGGCGGGAGCGCGCCCCCGCCGCCCGCGCAGAGGAUCUCCGUCCGUGAAGGAUGUCAGACCGGUGAAGAAGUUGGGAGGAAACGCUGCAGAGGAGGCGCGCGCGGUUUUCUUUUGGAACCGGGUUCUCCGUCACGAUCAGAUGCGGUUCCUUACGUCCCUCACAGCGUCUGGAACUGGAUCUGUGAAGCAGCAGAUGACGUCCUCCUGGAUCCGGACUCGGCCAACCCCAACCUGCUCCUCUCCAGCGACGAGAAGCGCCUGAGGUGCGGCCUGGAGCGCCGCGACGUGUCUCCGUGUCCGCAGCGCUUCGACGGCUGGUGGUGCGCCGUGGGGAGGGAGGGCUACGCCUCCGGGCGCCACUACUGGGAGGUGGAGGUGGGCGAGCGGGACUGGCGUCUGGGCGUGGUCAAAGCGUCGGCCGUCAGGCAGGGCUUCCGGCCUCUGAACGCGGAGACCGGGUACCUGACCCUGCGCCUGGAGAGGGGCUCGGAUCUGAAGGCGCUGACGGUGCCCCCCACCCUCCUGCCGAAGCACCUGGCGCCCAGGAAGGUGGGCGUGUACCUGGAUUACGAGGAGGGCCAGCUGUCCUUCUACGACGUGGAGAAGCGCUCUCACCUGUUCACCUACAACGAGAGCUUCUCCGAGGAGCUGUUCCCGCUCUUCGGCACGGUGGAGGUGGUCAGGGACCUGGUGGUGAGGGCGGCGGGGGUCAGGGAGCCCUGCCUCUGCCCCGGGCCCUGCCUGUGGACCUGAUGGUUCUGAUCCACUGGGGUUCACCUGCAGAGAAGCCUUCAGGCGCCUGCUUCAGCCUCCACAGCUUCAUCCAAACCCAACCGACUGUAAAUAUUCAGUCACUCAUUGAUGCAAAGGUUUUUUUAAUUCAAACUUUAUUGAGAUCAGAGACAGAAGACGAUGCAUGCUGAUGAGACGUGAAGCUCUGUAACCCCUGAGUCUUUCCUCAGAUUAACAAACUGCAUCCAUGACACAUUUCUGAAAGCUGUGAAUCAUUUUCUGUUUUGCUAAAAUAAACUUGGUACAAAUAUUAAA